UGUAGUCAAAUAAAUUUAUGUGCUAGGCUGUGAUGGCGGGAAAAGUACUCUGUGAAGCAACUUAUCUGUAUAACGUCUUAAAUCAAUACACUCGCCAGUCAAGGCUUGUAGAGAGCAACUAUCUUUGUCUGAUUGAUGCCCGUCCAGCAGAAUCAUUUAACUUCAGCCAUAUUAUCACUGCCAGAAAUGCAAAAUGGGAUUCUGAGGGAAAGUUUAUUAUGCCCAUAGAUGUUGAAAUUGAAAGUAUGAGGCACAUUAUUGUAUAUGACAGCCGAACACAAUCUUUAUUAGAUUCAGGUCCAGCCAUAGACUGUGCAGACAGCUUGGAAAAAGCAAGCCGCUUUCCCAUUCAGAUUCUUACUGGUGGCUAUGAAAAGUUUUCUCCAGUCUACCCUUUCCUGAGGACACACAAAAUUCUUUACACAAUUAGGGAAUUGGAAAGCAUGAAGCUAUAUCCCGUGGAAAUCUUACCUGGCCAGCUUUACAUGGGUGAUUAUAUGCAGGCAAUGAAUCCUCAAAUCCUCAAAGAUCUAAAAGUGAAAGCACUUGUCAAUAUCUCUGAUGAUGGCAGUUUAAUGUUUGAAAAGGCAAGCUGCACUGUAUUACAAAUCCGAAUUUCAGAUUCUGCAGAGGGGGAUUUGUUCAUUUCAUUUCAGAGAAUUUGUGCUUUUAUUGAUUCACAUCUCAGUACUGCCUCAUCUGUUAUGAUUUUCUCCACUUACGGGAUAAGCCGAUGCAGUGCUGUAGCAAUGGCUUAUCUCAUGCAUCAUCUAAAGUACACACUGAAGGAGGCGUGGAAUCAUAUUAAGCGAUGCAAAGCCAACAUGAGACCAAAUCGAGGAUUUGUGCAGCAGCUUUCCGACUGGGAACUUCAAACUCUUGGGGAGAGAGUAACGGACAUUUCAGAGCCCAACUACUGACUACAAUUAACAUUUUUAAGUUCUUACUUACACAGAUAACUUUGUUUAUAAAUUGAUGUAUCAUGUAAAGUAAUACAAAUAAACCUAUUAUACAGACAAUGGCAGAACGUGGCAAACAAUCCACAAGCA